GUGGGUCCGACUGGUUUAGUGGUUUACACUACAGAGAAGAAAUUACCUUAUUUUACUUUUAGUAAAAAAAACUCCACCUAUAGUCUGUUUUGGAGACUUAGCAUUCUACUAAUUAUACACAUUAAUUAUAUUCAUCAUCAAUCAUGAUUCAUGUACGUACAUCUCUUUAAAUAUAGAAACCUAUAGCUUUCUACUCUCUCAACCAUAACCAUAAUUUUGUCUCUCUCUCUCUCUCUCUCUCUCUGUCUCUUUAAUAUAUUUUUGUAUAGUUUUUUCAAUGGCUUCAUUAAAGCAGAGCUGUGAUGAUGAUAAUAUUGGAUCAAUUACCAACGGUAUCAAAGCAUUGGUAGAAUCAAGAGAUGUUAGAUCAGUUCCUUCAGAAUACACAUUUAUUAGGAACCCCAAUGAAGAUCAUGAAGCUGACUUGAAUGAUCCUGACCAUUCAAUUCCCAUCAUUGAUUUCUCACUCCUCACCUCUGACUCACCUCAACAACGUUCCAAGAUUCUUCAUGACCUCCAAAAAGCUUGCCAGGAAUGGGGGUUCUUCUUGCUGAUUAACCAUGGUGUGGGGGAGAGUUUAAUGAAGAGAAUGAUAGAGAUGUGUAGAGACUUUUUCAAUAUGCCGGCUGAGGAAAAGCCAGAAAUAAUAAGUAAUAACAAAGGAGCCAAAAGAAGUGUUUUAGAGCCCAUUAUGUACGGCACUAGUUUUAAUGUUGCUAUUGAUAAAGUUUUGCUAUGGAGGGACUUUAUUAAGGUUAUAUCUCAUCCUCAUUUCAAUUCCCCUCACAACCCACAAGGCUUCAGGGAGACUGCUUUAGAGUUCAGUACAAGAACAAGAGAAGUAGCAAGCAAAGUAGUAAAAGCAAUAUCAGAGACAUUAGGACUAGAAGAGGAUUGCAUUUCAAAGGCAAUGAAUUGGGAUGAAGGCUUACAACUCUUGGCUGCCAACUACUAUCCAGCUUGCCCAGAGCCCGAUCGAGCCAUCGGAAUCCCACCUCAUACAGACCAUGGCCUUGUCACUCUUCUAAUCCAAAAUGAGAUGAGUGGUCUUCAAGUUCAACACAAAGGCCAAUGGGUCAUGUUGGAAGCCAUAACUAAUGCCUUUGUUGUUAACCUUGGUGAUCAAAUGCAGGUGGUGACCAAUGGUAAAUACAAGAGUGUACGGCAUAGAGCUGUGGUGAACAACACGAAGACAAGGAUCUCCAUAGCAGUGCCACAUGGACCGUCGGUGGACACGGUGGUUGUGCCAUUGCCGGAGCUAUUAGAGAAGGAAGGCCAAUCUCCGGUGUACUCUGGCAUGUCGUACAAAGACUACAUAGAACUUCAGCAAAGUAGCAAGUGCUACAUGAAAUCCUCCAUUGAUAUGAUAACGAUAUAAAAUAUGUACUAUAAACUAUUAUAAUGUGUUUUGUUUAGUGAUUAUGUUGAUGGCCACUUUGAUCCAUACUCAAAUAUUUUGUUAGUAUUUGUGUUGUAAUUUCCUUUAAGGCUUCCUGGCAUUAUUGAUAUGUUAAAGGUCAAUACAUCAUUUUAUGUAUGUGUUUUAUGUGUUGUCAAUGUCAAUUAAAUAUGAGUUUUAGGCCAUUUGGCCUUUCUUAAUUGUUAUGUAAUGAAUGGUUACAUAUGUAUUAUGUAAUAUGUGCUUAAUUUAUCGAUCAA